GAAAGAAGAGCAGCACGCAACAAGACAUCCCACCUGCCGCCAAGGAAACCAAGGUGUACACUAAAGAGGAGGUAGCGAGGCACAACAAGAGGGACGACUGCUGGGUCAUCAUCAAGGACAAGGUGUACGAUCUGACAUCAUAUGUGGAUGAGCAUCCGGGUGGCGAUGCCAUUCUCAACAAUGCAGGAGGGGACGCAACAGAAGGCUUCUAUGGGCCUCAACAUGCAUCCCGUGUAUUCGAUCAAGUGGAAGAGUUCUAUGUUGCGGUUCUCGCGGUCGCGCAUUCCCCCGCGGCGGAGGGCAAGCCCAACAACAAGAAUAAGAGAAACGAGAACGCGGGCCUAGCCUACUAUUCCGCCAUGGCGCGCGGGACGUCGACUAAGAGUAUAGCGGCUAUUGCUGUAGCGGAGAGCAUUCAGUUCCAGCUGACGGUGGGCGGCUCGUGGAAUCCUCCUUACAACGUGACUCUCUAUCGUAACCCCUCCAUGCUGCCGUCCGCGCCGGCCGGCAAGGACACGGCCGUUGAGAUACAGACGCUGGCCGGGAACGGAGGUACAGAGUGGUUGAAAGUGGUUCCAACGGUUUGGGAAACCUACGGCUCGGUUCUCUUCCAGGACGGCACGGACACAAUGACCAAGGAGCUGGCGCCAGGUGGCAGGCCGCAAUUGGUGGGCGAGUACACGGUGGAAACGGUGUCGCCCCCAGGAUACUCGGACGAGCCACCCAAGCUGGCCGUUGCCAGCCUCGAGAGGGGCAACGCUAGGAAGUUCGGCAAUCCCGGUCUGCUUGCCGCCCCUCUGGAGAGUCCUCUCUUCAGCGCUGCGCUCGUGGAUGCCAUGACAGGCGGCGCUUAUCUGCACAUCACCUUUGAAGCCUCCCAGUACAAUCUCUCCUACGUGGCGGCAAUAGUCGACCCAGAGGAGGACCCUCUCUCCCCGCUCCUCCGCAUUUACAACGACACCCACGCCAUGCCGGCCCUGCCGCUGCACUGCGCGCACUCGCGCUGGGCCAACCCGCGCAUGGGGCUCUUCACGUGUGCGGGCUACCUCACUGUUGACGCCGCUGCUGGCCUGCAGUACCCCCCCGGUGCUGGGGAGGUUGGCUCGGAUGUUGGCGGGGGUGGGGCGGAGAAGAAGGGGGGCAAGGGGAAGAAUAAGUCUUUUCCGGGGGUGAUCGGAGGGGCGUUUGCUGCUAUUGGGAAGAAGUGGGGAGGGAAGAAGGGAGGGAAGAAGGGAGGGACUGCAGGCAAGAAUCAUCCACAGUCACUGUCUGCAGGAGCAUCCUCAUCCUCCAUAAAGACUGCCUCGAUAAGCAACACUGUAGGUGUAGCCCAGUCAAAGCAAAUCAGCAGCGCACCUCUCUCAAGCCAGCUCAAGGACAAAGCGGAAACAGCAGCCUUUUCCCUCCAAACUCUGGGGCGUAAAGGCGGGAAGAAGGGCGGGAAGGGCGGCAAAGGAGCAAAUAUCAGCGCGGACAGCAGCAGCGGCGGUGGAAAGCAAACAAAAGGAGCCGACUCAGAAGCAGCCGCAGACCCAGCAGCAGAUGCUGGCAGUGCCGGGGGUGGUACCGGCAGCAAUGGAGCGGGGGCAGGGGCAGGGGACGAGGAAGGGCGCGCGGAGAUGCCGUACAUGGAGGCCAUGGCGAGCCUGCUGGCGUUCAGCACGGAUGGCGGCGAUGGCUCCACGUCCUACGAGCUGAGUGUGUUCGGCGCGUCCCGCAUGGUGGGGUCGUCCAGUAGCCUCGAGCUCACUGCCAACACGUUCUAA